AUGCCUUCAUACGUGACAUCUGAGAGUCAUCUUGAGCCAAAAGGGGGCCUGGAACUCCUGGAUGCCAAGGCCGCCGUACAGCUUGGCUCCCCCGUGGAGACGUGCAACAAGCAGGGUGCCGUGCUGCCCGACCUCUCACUCAGCGAGGCGGAGGAUGUACGUCAAAGGGAGAAGGCUGUGACGGCCACGCAGGGAACGCAACCGCCGCAGCAGGAGGAGAAUCACGACAAGGAGGAAGAGGAGUGCUCGCUAUUAGCCAGGAUCAGUCUCUUCGUCUCAUUUGGCUUACUUGGCCUAUUUUCUAUCUUCUAUGAGUUGUACUAUCGCCUCUUUCAGAAGGAGAAGGGCCGUGAGGGCUACGCGCCGCUGAUGAAGAGUUUUGAUGGCUACUGGCAAAGACACUUCUAUCGCCGCCUCCGUGACUGCUUUAACUACCCGAUUGAUUCCCGUCCGUCGCGUGUCAUUGGUGUCAUGGAGCGCGUUUCACACGAUGGCAAUCAAACUUUCUCGCUAACCGGAAAUAUCCUCCCUUGCGUGAACCUCUCCUCCUACAACUACCUCGGCUUUGCGUCGGAUGUUCCGGGAAUUACGCGUCAGGUGCUGGACAGCAUCGACCGGUACGGCAUUGCGUCGUGCAGUUCCCCGCAGGUGGCGGGACAACACACCCCCAUUGCAACGCUUGAGCGCGCCUUUGCCGACUUCCUCGGCAAGGAGGACGCCAUUGUCUGUGGAAUGGGAUUCGGCACAAAUUUUCGUGGCCUUCCCGCCCUCUUUGGAAGGGACUCGUUGGUGCUCUCCGACAGCCUGAACCACUCGUCGCUGGUGAACGGCAUACGCAUGUCCGGCGCCCGCUUAAAGGUAUUCAAACACAACCAAUUUCGGCAACUGGAAACUCUGCUGCGGGAGGCGGUGGUGCUUGGACGGAACCCCAAUGGAGAAUACGUGCCGUGGACCCGCAUCAUCAUCAUCGUUGAGGGUAUUUACAGUAUGGAGGGAGAAAUCGUCGAUCUACCGCGGGUUGUGGCUCUCAAGAAGAAGUAUGGGGCUCUGCUCUUCGUGGACGAGGCACACUCCAUUGGAGCGAUUGGCCGCACUGGCCGCGGGGUGACGGAGCACUACGGCGUCGAUACAAAAGAUGUGGAUAUCCUCAUGGGAACCUUCACAAAGAGCUUUGGUUCCAUUGGUGGUUACCUGGCGGGGGAGCAGAAGGUGAUUGACUACUUGCGCACCCACAGCUCCAUCGCCCUGCACUGUGACACGCUUGCCCCUCCCUGCGCGCAGCAGGUGUUGGCCGCCCUUGACGUUAUCGUCGGUCGGGACGGGACGGACAUUGGCCGCAAACGCAUCCAUCAAUUGAAGGAGAACUCUCAGUUUUUGCGGCAGGGCCUCAUCGCCCAAGGUUUUACGGUGCUCGGGAACGACGCCUCACCGGUGGUCCCCGUCAUGCUGUACCACACGGGCAAGCUUUCGGUAAUGGCGCGGGAGUGCCUGCGGCGCGGCCUGGCCAUCGUCAUUGUUGGCUACCCAGCCACGCCGCUUCUCGGGGGACGCGUGCGGUUCUGCGUCUCCGCUGCACACACUCGUGAGGACCUCCAACUGACGCUGGACGUCAUGGGCGAGUUGGCGAAGGUGGUGCACAUUCAGUACCAGACGCCUCAGAAGCUGCCACCACGGUAG